UGAAUGGGAUCACGACAACUUUUUCACGGAUGUUUUUCUACGCGACCAGCCCACUGCACUGAUCAUCAGAACUCAGCUUUGACUGACAGCAACUUGAGCAACAAAAAUAACAAAUUUAACAAGAUAGUAACUAACACUAACAAAUUGUUGUUAAUAUCCAUUAAAACGAAGUUAUUUUUUUGCUACUUUAUCCCUGGGUCACUUGUAAUGCCCAGCGAUGCCGACAGAUCAAACCAACCUCAAGAAAGCCAACAAGCAACGCCUGUCUAUACGCCGCAGCAUGAGAGAAAAUGAGGCCGCGGCCAGACAGCGAGGCUCGGAUGCCGGGGAUAGCAUCCUCCCUCAGGUCUAUCGGGCGCGCCUCUUCAAGCUGUUUAGCCAAAUUGAGCAUGAGUUUGAGGGGCUGUAUGCUGAGAACCUGCAGUUGCAGGACAAAGUGGAAACAUUGACAGAAAAACUUGAGGUACUACAGAGCGGCAAAGUUCCAGUCGUUGAGGGUGCUGAUGGCAUUGAUGGGAGCGCUCGCUCAAGUGUCAAGAGCAGAGCCUCCAGUCAGCUGUCCAGCCUGAUAUUGAAGCCAAAGUACAAGCCCACCACUGGAAAGAAUGUGUUCAGCUUCAAAGGAGCAAGUACCUCAGGCUGUCAGCUGAUGCGACACUUCAGGGGUCACCGAGACGGCGUCUGGGAGGUCAGCGUGUCCAGAGGGGAGACGCCGCUGCUUGGAACAGCCUGCGCAGAUCGUACAGCCAGACUGUGGUGCAUUGAGACAGGGGCUUGUGUUCUGGAAUACGUUGGCCAUCUUGGAUCCGUCAACUCCAUUCGGUUCCAUCCCACAGAAUCUCUGGUUCUUACAAGCUCAGGCGAUAGCACAGCGCAUGUUUGGAAAUCGGCCGUUACCUUACCCCAACCCACCCAGGCUUCUGAUGUCAAUAAAUCCUGCCCCUCCUCGGGUGACGACAUCGAUGGAUCUGACAAAGAGGAACCUGAUGGUGUUGAGAAUGAAAACAUCGUCUACGUCAAAUCGCCCCAGGCUCAGCUUGAGGGCCACUCAGGCGCCAUCAUCUCGGCGGAUUGGCUUGCCGGUGGGAAACAGCUGGUCACGGCAUCGUGGGACAGGACGGCCAAUCUGUACGACGUGGACACUGGUGCUAUAGUCCACACGCUCACAGGUCACGACCAGGAGUUGACCCACUGCUGCGCAUCGCCGUCGCAGAAACUGGUGGUGACGUCCUCUGCCGAUACCACCUUCAGACUGUGGGACUUCCGAGAUCCCAGCAUCCAUUCCGUCAACGUCUUCCAGGGACAUACAGAUGCUGUUACAUCGGCAGCAUUUGCGUCCGGCGACAAAGUCGUUAGUGGUUCUGACGACCGAUCGGCCAAAGUCUGGGAUCUCAAGAACAUGAGAACACCCAUCGCCAUGAUCAGAUCGGACUCGGGGAUCAACAGGCUAUCUGUGUCUGCAACCAACAACGUGAUUGCCAUUCCACACGAUAACAGACACAUCCGACUGUAUGACCUGAAUGGUGUGCGCCUGGCAAGGAUGCCAAGAAACAACAGACAGGGGCAUCAUCGCAUGGUGUGCUGUACUGCCUGGAAUGAUGAAGCAGCCUCAUGUAAUCUCUUCAGUUGUGGCUUCGAUCGACAGGUCUUUGGUUGGAAGGUCGGUAUCCUAGCAUCCUAAAUGUAGUCGACCAAUGAGAGAGCAGCAUUGUAACUAUGACAAACUAGUAAACCAAUGUGCUCUCAGUCCACCAGUUGGUUGUUGGUUGUGUAGAUUGAACUGUAAUUGACCAAUGAACAAGAAGCUUUAUAACUAUAAUUGACCAAUGAACAAGAAGCUUUGUAACUACAAUUGACCAAUGACGGAGCUGCUUUGACAAGAUUCUUAGCUUGUUGAAAACUAUAACCCAAAGUUGACCAAUGAGCAGGCACUUUUGAUUAGCUGGCAGCUGGCUUAUAUUAAAGAAAGGCAUGUAAGGGGCACUUGCUAUAAUUGACCAAUGAGUACAAAGCUUGGAACUUUUAUUGUCCAAUAGGCAAGCAGCUUUGAUAGGCAGGUUUUCAGUCAGCAGUUAGAGUGGUUAUAAGCGGCAGAAGAUGUGUUAUGUUCAAGAUAAUCAAAACUUAAGUCAAUCUUAAGUGAACGUUUGACAUGUUUUUGGUUGAACUGUGUUUUUCAUGCUGUCAAGCCGGUAAGUAUGGAUUUAUUGGACAUUUUAUGGUAUAUGAUAAAUUCUGCAUGAAAUUAAGUUUCAUAAUUUUGUUUGAAACAAUUAAAAGGAGGGUUAUUGUUCCCUGAAAUAUAGUGUGCUGUUGACUUCUAGCCUUUUUCAAAGGAAAAUUUGGAUGAAUUUUAUUGUCCCAAAAGAUAAUUCAAAAGACCUUAAUUAACGUAAAUUUUCAGCAACCUCAGUGUAUUCUGCUCAUUGAAUUUGCAAUUAUGCAUGUUCUAAAUGCUUAUUUGAAGUUUAAGAAAGAACUUCACCACAGUAUGUGGUUUUAUGUAAAUAGCUCCUUCAUGACCCUGUUUAUGACCUUCAGCAGUUUGGACAAAUUAUCUAAAUUUGUGUCGCCAAAGAAAAAAAAAAAAGAAGUGAGUAUUAAAUGCACUCUGAAAUUUUGAGUCCAUCUUUAUUUUGGUGAUGCCACUCCAAAAAUGUGCCCGUUACAUAUAUUAUUAUUUUAACGUGUCUUCUUGCCCAUAUUUAAGAAUUUGUGAAAUAUGUGUAUAAAGUAUUACUUUAGUGGUGUUUUUUUGUUUGUGCAAAAUGCAAAAAGUCAGUCGUUUGAUCGAAAGGGGAAACAGCGACUUCAUUGUUCAAAAGCUCAUUGAAUUGUGUGAUGUAAAAUUCAAGUCACUUUUAAUAUCAACGCGGCUGCAUUUCUGGCACCCUGUUUUGAAAUAGUCCAGAAAAUUGAGCCCCAUUUGGAGAAGAAAAUUUGGAUUUAGAUUAACCCUUACUGGCUUUAAGGUAAU